AUGUCACCGCCGUUCCCGUCAUCAUCGCCGGAGGAGGGCUAUCUGGGAGACUCGCAUCGCUCGCUGCGGAUUCGUGAGGUAUUCAAAUAUUUCCGGCCCGAUGUAGACACACCGACGGCCGAGGCGCCUCGAACCAGCGCGCUGGGCCCGCUGCCCGAGUCCUCGCCGCUCACCUCCGUCGCCUCGUACGACCCCGUGCUGGUAUGCUUCACGAACCUGACCGCACGCAUCCUCAACUGCCGCCGCGCAAUGAUCACCGUGGCCAGCGCGAGCAAAUCCUACCUCAUCGCCGAGUCCACGCAGAGCCUGUCGCUGAACUCGCCGCACACGCACGAUCCCGGCGACCAGCUGUGGCUCGGCUGCGGCACCGUGAUGCCGAGCGGCGGCACGCUGUGCGAGCUGACGAUCGGCCUGAUCCCCUCGCCCGACGCGGACCAGGAGUUUAUCUACGAGGUCAACGAUCUCGCGGAACAUCCCGUGUACCGCGAUGCCCCGUUCGUCACCGGCUGGCCGCACAAGCGCUACUACUGUGCCGCGCCGCUGCGCACGCCGAACGGCGUCUCGAUCGGAACGCUGUGCGUGUUCGACGAGCACCCGAAGCCGGACGGGCUGACCGAGGACCAGAAGAUCACGCUGUCGGGCAUGAGCGAUAUCGUCAUGAACUACCUGGAAACGAAGCAGGGGAAGAAGGAUCUGCAGAAGAGCAGGGCUAUGGAGAUGGGGCUGUCGCGCUUCAUCGCCGAGGGGUUCUUGCCCGGCGAGGGCAUCGAGAUGACGGAGCGACGGGACGGCAGGCUGCUGGAAAGGAAGGAACUCGAGGCGAGGAGACUCAAGGAGCUCGAGAGGAAGAAGAUGGUCGAGCGCAAGCGACUGAUGUUCCAGCAGCGGAAGUUUGCCGAGAUGAUGCGCGAGCGGAAUGCAGAUGUCGACACGCACCAGCGGUCGGGAACUACGAAUCUGCCAGUCGCUGCCGGCGCCGGUACCGGUGCUAAGGACGAUGCUGGCAAACGCAUACCGCAGUACCCAUUGCUGUGCAUGAACCCAUCCAACACCGAGCACGUCACGGAACUGUCCCUGAUGGACACGAUGACGUUUCCCUCGACGAUGCCGCGGCCGCUGCCUUCGCCGUCCCCGGAAACCCACUCGGCAUACCGACAAUCUGACACGCUGCUGACCCCGCCCGCAUCGACGUCGUCGUCGUCGUACUUCAACGGCAAGCUAGAGGGCAGCCACUACUUCGACGGCGCAUGCUCAUCAGCGCAGUCAUGUUCGGGCUCAUCGGAGCAAGCCUGCCGCCGCCAGUCCGCGUACGAAAAGACGUCGUCGUUCGAGCCGCAGUUCCGCUCCAUGUUCUACCGAGCCGCGACGCUGAUCCGCAGCUCGAUCGACGCCGACGUAGUAUUCCUGGACGGCGACCUUGAGGGCUUCUUCGGGCCCGAGGCGUGCGACAAGCCCAACAGCUGCGGGCUGGCGCAUAUCUCGACGGACAAGGAAGCGGAGCAGGCGACGCGCGCGGAGCGCCCCCGGGCGUGUCGGCGGCGCAGCGGCAUCCUGGGCUACGCAACGUCGAACGGCUCCUCGAACGAUUCUGGCGGCUCCCACAACAUCGAGGACCUCGGCUUCGACGUGGCGGAGCUCAACGAGGAGAUACUGAACAAGCUCGUGGAGGAGAAUGAGCAGGGGCGGAUCGUGGCGCUGGUCGACGACAGCGAGGAGUGGAGGCGCGAAGUCCGCAGUCAGAAGGCGGACGAUACGCAGACGGACUCCAUCCUACAGCGGUUUCUGCCAGGUGCCAAGAGUAUCAUCCUCGUGCCCCUGUUCGAUCCGAACCAUAAAUUGUUUGCCGUCUGUUUUGCUUGGACUACUAGUGCGACGAAGACUUUCAGCGGUGAUGUCGAGGGGAGCUUUGUCACUGCCGUCGCGAACUGUAUCAUGGCGGAAUCUACGAGGUUGACUAUCUUCAAUGCCGACAAAGCAAAGGGCGAGUUUAUUUCCAGCAUCUCGCACGAGCUCCGCAGUCCUCUCCAUGGAAUCCUGGCCAGCGCCCAGUUCCUAGCCGAGAGCAAUGUCGAUCCGUAUCAACGGUCGUUCGUGGAAACGAUAGUGUCCUGCGGCACAACGCUACUCGACACCAUCAACCACGUCCUCGACUUCCAGAAGCUCAAUUCCCUUCUGGAGAAGGAUAUCCGUCUAGCCCGGCGUAGCAUCGCGCAUCUGGACGAUAACGACGAUCGAGUUCAGAUCGAGAAGACGGUCAACAACCAGAAGUCCGACAUCGAUCUAUCCGGCCUCGUGCAGGAUAUCGUCGAGGGCGUGUGUCUGGGCUCCGAGUUUCAACAGUCCACUGCGCGCGCCGCAGGUGACCCGCCGCUGUCGGGUAUCGUGUCGAGAGAGGAUGGGAGCCAGAUCACAGUCAUCAUCGAUAUCGACCACCGCGACGACGGAUGGGUGUUCUAUGCGCAUCCGGCGGCGCUGAAGCGGGUCAUCAACAACAUCGCGGGCAACGCCAUGAAGUACACCGAGUCUGGCUGGGUCCGUGUGCGGCUGCGCGCCGAGGACAUGGCGCCAGACGCACAGGGGAACAAGCGCGCGAUGGUGAAACUGUCCGUCUCCGACUCCGGAAAGGGAAUCAGCAGGGAGUUCCUCAAGACCAAGUUGUUCACCCCGUUCAGCCAGCAGAAUCCGCUCGCUGCGGGUGCGGGCCUGGGAAUGAGCAUUGUGCGCCAGAUCAUCGACGUGAUGGACGGCAAGAUCGACGUCAAGAGCCAAGUCGGUAAGGGCACGAAGGUGACGGUGUCGGUACCUCUGAUCCACCGGGUGGUUCCGCUCACGCUGAACCUCAGCCCGUCGGAGCGCGUCGACGAUGCGCUCGACGUGCGCAGUCUCGCGGCGGGAAUGAAGAUCCGCAUGGUGGGCUUCCAGACGUUCCUGCGGACGCAAGCGCCGUGUCCGAUGGCGGACGCGGCCAACUUCCUGCGCAACUCGAUCGAGCGGUACGUCACGGUGCAUUUCGGCAUGAAGAUCCACGACGACGAGUCGCGCAGUCUCGACGACGUGGACAUCAUCAUCGCGAACGAGGGCGAGGGCGAGGACGACGUGCUGCGCGAGCUCGGCGCCGGCAACGCACCCGUCAUAGUCCUCUGCAGCCACCCGCCCGUCGAUGGCGGCGCCUCGCGCUUCGCCGGCCGCGUCUCGACCUUCGUGCGCAAGCCGUGCGGCCCAAAGAAGUUCGCGCGCGCCCUCGCCUUCUGCCUCGACGAGAUGCGGCGGCAGGAUAAUAGCUCAGAGUACGACACCGCGAACGAGGAGUUCUCAGCCUACAGCGACGAGGAGGACGACGACGUCGCCAACGAGUCUGAGUCCGCCUCCGUCUCGUCCAGCAACGCCCCGUCGACCCCGCCCUCCGCUACCGCCAUCGACAGCUUCUUCGGCACCAAGGUCACGCGCUGGCAGGCGCCGCGCCGCAACGCCGCCAGCGACACCUCGUCCUCGUCGUCCUCCAUCGGCUCGGUAUCCGGGCGCAUCGCGCUUCCCCCGCUGAAGCGCACGCCUGCGCUGCCGUCGACGACGACGGGAACUCUCACCCUCCCCACCACCACCACCACCACCAUCACCACCGCAACCACUGCAGACACCACACCCGCACCCGCACCAACGAAACCGAGCGUCCUCGCGGUCGAGGAUAACAGGAUCAACCUCAUGCUCCUCGUCACGUUCCUGCGCAAGAACGGCUACCCAUUCGAUACCGCCGUCGAUGGCCUCGAGGCCCUCGAAAAGGUCAAGGCGAAGGACGGCGGCUACGAUAUUAUCCUGAUGGACCUGCAAAUGCCAAUCAUGUCCGGCAUCGAGUCCACGCGCGAGAUUCGACGGUACUUAGCCGAGCAGCAGCAGCAGACGGACGAGGAGGCGAAGACGGCGAAGAAGCAGAAGAGAAGCUUUAUUGUUGCGCUUACGGGACUGGAUACGGCUAGCGAUCAGAGAGAGGCUUUCUCUGCGGGUGUUGAUUCGUUCAUGGUUAAGCCGGUUAAUUUUAGGGGGUUGGAGAAGACGCUUUGUGAGGGGUUGAAGGAGCAAGAUAAGGGGAAGGAGGGGGAGGAGGAGGAGAAAGAGGGGGAGGGGGAGGAGGUGGGGGUGGGGAAGGGGGAAGAUAAAGAAGAGGGGAAGGAUAAGGGGGAGAGGGAGGGGAAAGAAGAGGGGGAAGAGAAGGAUAAGGGGAAGGGGGUGGGGAAAGGGAAGCAGGUGGAGGUGCAAGUGGAGACGAGGAAGGAGACGUUGCUAGUGGAGAAGGUGGUGGAGACAAGGAAGGAGACGGUGGUGGAGGUGAGGCAGGGGGGACAUAAACACAGGACAUAAGCUUGGUCUGUCGUUUGUCGAUUGGCCGAUUGUCGUUUGUCGUUUGGAGCCGAUCUGUUCAAGGCGUUUCUUUUUCUUUUGAUUGCUGCGUUUGGAGGAUAGGAUGUUGGGAAUCUUUUCUUCCUUGGUGUUUCGGAGCAUGAUUUGGUUGUUGGUUGUUGCUUUUCAGCGUUUGUUACUGGACUCGACUCUUUUUACUGAGGUUUAUAUUGAUUAGGUAUGUACUUGUUACUGGUAUUGGUAGUUAGAGGUGUGCUUUUUUCUGCUUGGACUUGGCUUGACUUGAGUGGACAGACGGGCGUUUUUUUUAUACAUAUCUCUCGUUUUUUCUUCGCGAUCUUUCGAUCUUUCUACACAUAGCAUAUACCUACAGCCUACAGCCUAUAGGCUGCUACGGGCUGCUGCUGGCUGCGAGCGCUGAGCGGAGCUGCGAGCAUACUUACUCUAUCUUUAACGUUCGUUUGACUGCAGAGGGGGGGG